GGAAAUGCAUCAACUUCAAUCGUUCUUAGUCUACCUUGACAAUGGAUUAAUGUUUAUGUAAAGGUCGAUGUUUAUAUAAACUGUAAAACCUUUAGAAUCUAAUAUUUUUAUCAAUUUAGUGCACCGUCCUUGCUGUUGCAAAGGACCGGCGUUAAAGGAAUGGCUGGUUUGGCUCGAAUUUCUCCAAAUGUAACUGUUUCGCUUUGUCGGAGUCAAGGAUUGCCUGUAUUGUCAACAUUGGUUAGACAUAAUGCAACUGAACCUGCAAAGAAUGAAAAGAAAACUUAUGGACCCCUUAAAGACCAGGAUAGAAUAUUUACUAAUUUGUAUGGACGUUAUGACUUUAGAUUAAAAGGUGCACAAGCCAGGGGUGCCUGGUACAAGACUAAAGAGAUUAUCCUGAAAGGUCAUGAAUGGAUAUUGAAAGAAAUAACCACUUCUGGACUCAGGGGGAGGGGUGGAGCUGGGUUCCCAACUGGGAUGAAAUGGGGAUUCAUGAACAAGCCUUUUGAUGGCAGGCCUAAAUACCUUGUUGUCAAUGCUGAUGAGGGAGAGCCAGGAACUUGUAAAGACAGAGAGAUUAUGAGACAUGAUCCCCACAAGCUAGUGGAGGGUUGUCUAGUAGCAGGCUUUGCUAUGCAUGCUCGGGCUGCCUAUAUUUAUAUUAGAGGAGAGUUCUACAACGAGGCAUCUAACCUACAGAUAGCUAUCAACGAGGCUUACAAAGCUGGGCUAAUUGGCAAAAAUGCUUGUGGCUCUGGCUAUGACUUUGAUGUUUUUGUACACAGAGGUGCAGGAGCUUAUAUCUGUGGGGAGGAAACAGCACUGAUUGAGUCCAUUGAAGGGAAACAAGGCAAGCCUAGGCUCAAGCCACCAUUCCCUGCUGACGUUGGUGUUUUCGGUUGCCCUACCACAGUAUCCAAUGUAGAGACAGUGGCAGUGGCGCCAGACAUUUGCCGGCGAGGAGGAACCUGGUUUGCCAGUUUUGGACGUGAACGUAAUCGUGGUGUGAAGCUGUUUAACAUCUCUGGCCAAGUCAAUAAUCCCACAACAGUUGAAGAGGAAAUGUCAAUUCCUUUGAAAGAUCUUAUUGAACGCCAUGCAGGAGGUGUCAUUGGUGGCUGGGACAAUUUGCUUGCAGUUAUACCUGGUGGCUCUUCCACGCCAUUGAUACCAAAAUCUGUCUGUGAUACGGUACUGAUGGACUUUGAUGACUUGAUUCGAGUUCAGACAGGUCUUGGCACUGCUGCUCUCAUUGUCAUGAAUAAACAGUGUGAUGUAGUUCGUUGUAUUGCUAGAUUGAUUGACUUCUAUAAGCAUGAGAGCUGUGGCCAGUGCACACCUUGUCGAGAGGGAGUCAACUGGAUGAUGAAGAUCAUGCACAGAUUUCAGACUGGCAACGCCAAAAGAGAUGAAAUUGACAUGCUGUAUGAGUUAAGCAAACAGAUAGAAGGACACACAAUCUGUGCCCUGGGUGACGGUGCUGCCUGGCCAGUUCAGGGCUUGAUACGACACUUCAGACCAGAACUUGAAAAGCGAAUGGAUGACUAUGAGAAGAAAGCUGCUAGAAAUUAAAAUCUAAUUGCUGCACUGAUGUCAGCUGAAAUAGCACCACUUGAAUUUGUGCUGAAUUAAAAAAUAAAUAUUUUGAGACUUA